CGUUUUUGGUUUUUGAUGGCAUCGUCUGUUGCAAUUGAUCCCGUUGUGACCCUGUGCCCUCCAAAUCACAAUUGGAGGAUCAAAGUCAGAGUUGUUCGACUAUGGAUUGCUGAUGGGUUUGCUGGGGAAAACAAACCUGCUUCAAUGGAGUUGAUUUUACUGGAUCAACAUGGUGGAAAAAUCCAAGCAACUGUGAGGAAGCUCAUGUUUAGGAAGUGGGGUGAACAGUUCGUGGAAGGAAAUGUUUAUAUCAUUACAUUUUUUCACUUGAUCCCCAAUUUGGGUGCCUAUCGACCUACUGAUCAUGCUUUUAGGAUUCUUUUUAAUCCUAAAACUAAGAUCAUUCCAGCUGAGAGUAGCAUUAUCCCAAGGUGGGGAUUUUCUCUGAAGGAUUCUGCUCAACUUAAUGAUGAUGGCUUCCAGACGGAAUACUUAGUUGCUACCUCUGAGGAAAGGACUUAUGUCAAGGAUGACAUUGUUACAAAGAUGAUGUUGCUUGAAAUUAGUGAUGACAAAGGAAAACUAGAGUGUGCCCUUUUUGGAGAGUAUGUUCAGAUUGUAUUGGACUACCUUAGUUCUAAUCCUUUGGAAAAGCCUGUUGUGGUUCUCCAGCUUGCAAAGCUUAAGUCAUUUAGAGGUAAGAAUGUUCUUCAGAAUGUAAUGAAAGCAUCGAGGAUUAUCUUUAAUCCUGAGGUUGUUGAAGCUGAAUCUUUGAUGGACCGCAUAUCUGGCCUUAAUAUGCAGGCCAAUCAACCUGUGGGGCAUAUUAUUUCUCCUAAUCCUUCUGUUCCAAUUUUUGAAGAUUUUAUGAACAACUAUCCUAAGAAAACUAUAUGUGCUUUGAAUGAAACUACUGAGGAUGGAUUGUUUAUUGUUUAUGGAACUGUGGUUGGUUUGUUGCUAGAUGAUCCAUGGUGGUAUUUUGCAUGCAAGUGUCACAAAGCUGUGACUUUUGAUGAUGGAUUAUAUUUCUGCCCCGGUUGCUGUAAGCAUGUUAUGGAUGUUUCUGCAAGAUACAAUAUUAAGCUUGAGGUGUUUGAUGGCACUAAUUCUAGAAAUUUUCUGUUGUUUGACUCUGAUGCUCAUCAUCUCAUUAAGAAGUCUUGCAAGGAUAUGUUGGGAAAUUUGAAGGAUCCUAAAUCUGCUGAGAUUACUCCCUUGAUGGAAGAACAAUUGGUAGGGAAAGAAUUGCUGUUUAAGGUGGAGAAGAAAUCUAAUAAUUUUUUCCAGUUUGAUGACUCUUAUUGUGUGAAGCGUAUUUGUGAUGAUCCUUCUAUUAUAGAAGCCUUUAAGGCAAUUUCUGCUGCCCAGACUUCAAAUUUGGUAAACCAUUGAAUAGAUUAAUUUUGU